AUGCAAAUCAAGUUCAGCUCAUGGCCACGUUCUUAUUCUCCUUCCUGGUUACAAAGUCUCAGUCCUCAAGAACAAGCUCAAGUCAAACUUCAUCUUCUUUAUAAUCCUGUGAUGGAAUGUUCUUAUGCUUUACCGGCUUAUGAAUGGCUUUCCUCCUCUCCUUCUUUGGAUCAACAUUAUGUUGGGGACAAAUCAUUGAUCAUGUCUUUCUCUUAUAUACCUCCUCCUGUUCAAUCAAAUCAAGGAGUAAAUAUAUCAUCAUCAUCAUCAUCAUCAUCAUCUCCUCCUCUAUGUGCACCUCAAAUCAAAAUUCACUGGUUACGUGUCAAAUUGGAUUGGAUCAUUUCUGGUUUUGAACCCAAAAUACAACCUACACAAAUUUAUGCGGAUCGUUAUGCUCGACUUUAUCAUACCUUAGUUUAUCAACAUGGAUGUUUCAAAUACGAUGAAUUAUCUGAACCUGUUUUAUCCUAUAUUAUUGAACAACAAGACUCAUCUACCACUGAUAUUUCUUUACUACCUAAACAGUUACUCUCUUAUAUCCAAGAACAUACUCAUGAAUAUCAAACUCGACUCUCAAGAUUACAACAUAUGUUAGAAGGUGCUAGCGUAGAUUCAAGGAUGAUAUGGAAAUACCCUUUUGCUAAAUCUUUUGUGAUUGGAAAUGGUUCACUUUUAAGUGAAGAAGAUGUACUUCGAAGGAUUCAAGAUUCGGAAGAAGAAUGGCGUUUACUCUUUGGUAAAUUGAAAAGGCGAUUUGGUAUUCUUUAG